GCAGUCGCCGGCGCGACAUGAAGCUGCUGUGUGUGCUGGUGCUCGCGGCGACGGCGGCGGCCUCCCCCGCCGACUACGCCGCCGCCAGGCAGCAGCUCGUGGAGCGGGAGGCGGCGCUGGCCUCGGGGGCGGGCCUCGUGCUGUCGCCGGCGGAGCUCGCCGUCAACGACGGGCUGAUGGCCGCCAAGCGCCGCGAGCUGCAGGCCGGCCUGCGCGACGUCAGAGCCUUCCCGCCGGCCAACCACUUCUUCCAGGCAAAAGAAGAAAUUGAAAAGUCCAAAGUUUUCGCUUUUAUCAAAGCGAUGCCCAAAGGCGCGAUGCUGCACGGCCACGACGUGGGCAUGGUGUCCACCGACUACGUGAUCGGCGAGCUCACGUACCGCGACCACCUGCACUCGUGCGUGGACGCCGAGGGCAAGCUGCGGCUGCGCUUCAUGGCGCGGCCCGACGCCUCCUGCAACUGGACCGAGCUGGCCGAGCAGCGCCGGCUGCAGGGGGCAGCCUCCGUCGACGCCUUCCUGCGGCGCCGCCUCUCGCUCGUCGUGGACAACCCCCAGGAGGAAUAUCCUGAUAUAAACACUGUAUGGAAGAAGUUUUCUGAGAUUUUCUCGACGAUCUUCGAGAUGGUGACCUACAGGCCUGUGUUCGAAGAAUACUACCACCAGACGCUGGAAGAAUUAUGGGAAGAUGGCUUGUUGUACUCGGAGCUGAGAGGCAUCCUGCCAGCCGCCUACGAGCUGGACGGCUCCACGCUCUCGGAGGCGGAGGUGCUGGAGUUGUACAAGAACGUGACGCUGCGCUUCAGAGAGGAGCACCCGGGCUUCUUCGGCGCGCGCUUCAUCUACGCCCCCAGCCGCAGGGCCAGCGACUCGGCCGCCGACCGCUACGUCGAGCUGGCGCUGCAGCUGCGGGCCGCGCACCCGGACUUCUUCCUGGGCUUCGACCUGGUGGGGCAGGAGGACCUGGGCCGCCCGCUUAGGGACUUCUCGCGCCAGCUGCUGGAGCUGGCGCCCCACAUGCCCUUCUUCUUCCACGCCGGCGAGACCAACUGGCAGGGGCUGACGGACGAGAACCUGGUGGACGCUGUGCUGCUGAACGCCACGAGGAUCGGCCACGGCUUCGCGCUGCCCAAGCACCCGGAGCUGAUGAGGCUCGUGCGCGAGCGGAACAUCGCCAUAGAGGUCAACCCCAUCUCCAACCAGGUCCUGAAGCUGGUGGACGACCUGAGGAACCACCCGUGCGCGAUGAUGCUGGCGGCCGAGAACUCCACCGUGGUGAUCGCCCCCGAUGACCCGUCCUUCUGGGGCGCCAAGGGCGUCAGCUACGACCUCUACCUCGCCUUCAUGGGCAUGGCGCCGGCCCAGGCCGACCUGCGGCUGCUCAAGCAGCUGGCUCUCAACUCCAUCAGGUACUCGGGGCUCGGCGACGGCGACAAGCAGUCUCUGGAGGCGUCCUGGCGGGAGCGGUGGGAGCGGUUCAUAGCCGGCAUGGCCGCCAACAGCACGGAGCUGUCCGUGGAGCAGCUGAGGGGGUGACCCCCGCCUCGCCCCGGGCCUAGACGGCGCUGCGGGAACAGCCGACCCCUGCUGGCGCCGACCCCACUCGCGGAACGAACAUAGGAAGUUUUAUCACCGCAUAUAAGAGUUUAUUUUGUUAUGGAAUGGCCCAUAUAUUAUCAAAUAUUACAAUAUUAUGAAAUAUUAUAAAAUAUCACAUUGUAUUAAUAAAAUACUUGAAUGUGA